AUGCUCAAGAAGUCCACCAUAGAUGAGGGCCAAAAUGCGGCGGAAGUGCAUGACAGGGGCUUGAAACUGCGGCUCAACAUUCCUGACACGCUGAUCAUCGACCAGGGCUGCCUAACCGUCUGGUACCAAACCUCGGACGAUGGGUACGUUAACCGAGUGGCCACUUCAAAGGCUACCAGGGAGGCGUUUCGGAAGCGAUGCGAGGAGAAGUUCACGGAGGACGCCUGCAAUCCCGAGGGGUGGAUCGCCGUCGCCCGAUCCCUUGGCCCCGGCGACCAGGAGAUCUCGCAGCUGCUUAGAAAGGACGAUUUGGACGAGCUCUUGUGCUCGCUUUCGGACCCUUCUCCAUCCGAACAAGGCGUCCGGAGUCCGAGGGUGUACGGAAACGGAAAGGUCCGGCGGAAAGCGGCCACAGCGGAGCAGCCGUUGGGGCCGGGAGCUUUCGGGGGGUUGUGCUGUCCGCAUUGUUUGCAGGUCUACGUCCCGCCAUCUCUGGACCAGAGGUUCGUCGCGACAUGCGUCCAAGAAGGGGACGGUCUUCGAUGUAACGCCACAGUCAGGUUGUACAGCCGGCGUUACCUUGGGAGUGCCAACGAGGGCGCGCUGAGCGCGCGGUCAAGAGGAACUAGGGGCGACGAGAAAGACGCGGAGGAGAGCAGGCCGUUGCAGGACGUCCGUAUCAAGACGGACGUCCGAAGAGCCGCCAGCUCAUUGAUCACUUACGUCGAGAAGGCGCACGGGCACCGCCUCGUGGGGUUCGUGGCGGAGUUCGUGCGGGGCUUGGAGGGAAGAAUCUACCUGACCGCCGUGCACUCAGCAAAAUGGGCGCAGUACAUCUCCGAGACGACGGGCCUCUCUUCUACCGAGCACGCCCCGGCGGGCGCCCUCGCGACGUCUCCGCGCCAAACCCUCCGAAACCUCCAAACCCCGGACCUCCCCCACAUCUCAAGCCAAGCCUUAAAGUAUACGGACGACAAAACCGGGCAGCGGAAGACCAGCGUCAUUAGCGACUGGGUCAAAGAGCGCGAGCGCGAGGCGCGCAUUGCGGACGCCCGGCAAGAGUCACCAAGCGACUCCCUGAGGAGCGCCAGAAACGCGCGCGCGCUGGCGAGCCCCCGCGACAGGAAGGACAGCCCCCGGGGGGCCGCGCUGGUGGCGACCGCCGGGCACCAUCCCCCGCCGUACAGCGCGGUCCGGCAACCGUCCCCCCAGCGGGGCCCCGGGAACCCCUCCACCAGCGGCUCUCACGUCUCGCCGUCGAAGCGUCCGCAGGAAGCGUCCGGGACGCGCUUCUGGACGUACGGCGGGCGGGACCGCAAGUGCGACGCGGACAUGGCGGCAACUCUGACAGAGGAGGUCGAAGCAAGCCGGGAACAAGUGCAGCACUUCUAUCAGGAGCUGCAGGCGACCAAAAGGCGAUUGCAAGAGAGCGAGGCCAGCCUGGCGGAGCAACACAGCGUUUACAACGCGAUGGUGCGCCAGCUGACCGCGCAGUUUCUGGAGGCCAAGACGGGUUUAGAGGCGGCCGGCCGCGAGGAACACGCGCUGCGCGAGGAAAACGCGCGGCUCGCGGCGGACCUCGCGGGCGUGACCAAAGAGCGGGACGAACUGCUGGAGCUGCUUCGGCGCGAGCGCGACGCGGCGAUGAGCGCGAUCGUGGAGCACACAGAGGCGCAGAAGCUGCUGAAGCAGGGGGAGGCGCAGCUGCUCAUCGAGUUGGCCGCGUCGCGCGCCGAGUGCGCGUCCCUCCGAAAGAACGUCGACGAAGAGAAGGAGGUCGUUGCUGCCGUCAGCCGCCAGCUGGUGGAGUUCCGCGAGCGCUUCGGGAGCGCGCUUCCCGCGCGCGACGGCGCCGCGGCCGCGGCCGCGGCAGCGAUGGCGGCCGCGCGCAGGGCGACGCCGGCCGUCGUUUUGGAGGCGCCCAGCGUGGAUGGCGACCAGAUAUCGCUGUACAGCGCGGCGAUCUCUCCGCGAGCGGGCGGAAACUUUAUUACGAUCAACGUGGAGGAUCUGUUGGUGACGGAGGAUGACGGCCCGGCGCAACUGAACGCGGUCCAAAAGAAACUGGCGGGCGCCGACGAGCACCUGAAGGAGAUCUACGCCUUUUACUGUAUGCUGGGGAAGAGCUACACCGACAAGAGCCGCCCCAGCAUGACCCUGCUGCAGUUCGGAAAACUAGUGCGGGACAUCGGCCUGUUGAAACGGCAGGCGGACGGGCCUGGCAUCGCAGUCGCACCCGCUGCUUGCGACGCCAUCUUUGCGAAAGUCCACGUGCCGGACGUGCUCGGAGGGGAGUCCGGCGAGCCCACGCUGACGUACAUGGAGUUUUUGGAAGCGCUUGUCCGGCUGGCGGCGUUCCGGUACAAGCAGCCGCUAGAGCAGAAAGUGGGCAACCCGCGGCCGCCGCACCUGUCCAAGCGGUUGGCGCUGUUUCUAGAGAAGGAUAUACAGCCGAAGGCACGGCGAAGAUUGGUCACAUCGGCAGAAAAGAAGCAGCUGAGCGUCAGCGUACCGGCGACACCACUUUUGGUUUCGCCCAGGAGAGCCCAGGCUUCGACUCCUGUGGCAAUAACCUUAUCGAGUUGA